UAUCGUAAUAGAAAAUAUUUUCCAUUGCUUGAAUUAUACGUUCUGUAAAUGGAAAACAUGUUAACGAAAAAUUCGUCGAAAAUUUCUCGAAAGAGAAAAACCACUUAUGCGACAGAUUUGGACGCCUGGAAAACACUGGAAUUCAAUAGAAAGUUCAGAGCCAGCAUCGAUGUGGCACAAUUGGAUCUGAUUGAGGAUCUGGACGAUGAGUUCUUUAAAAUAUCCUACGAGCUGGUACAGCAACUGGUGCCCCUGAAUUGCUUCAUGGCCAGCAAGAUGAAGGUCUUCGUGGACAUUGUGGCCCGGCUGCACGCCCAUUACCUCAAAGAAAUGCGCACCGCCCAGGAAUUGAAGCAGACAAUCAAUGCCGCCAAUGCGAAACUCAGAUUGGCCAUCGAAGUAACGGAGGAGUCGUCUUAUGUAAUGGAGGCACUGCGCCUUUCAUUGGAGGAGGCGUGGCGCACCAUAGAUGCUUCCGAAUAUCGAGAGUCUCUGCUGGGCGAAACUCAUGGAAAAGCGGCCAUAAAAGACCAACCUUCCGAGGCAUUGGACAAUCUGACCUAUUGGAAAAAUCCUAAGGAAUUGUAUGUACGGUCGUUUGUCUAUCGGGAACGCGAUCGCUUGGCCGUAGAACUGAGGGAGUAUCAGAAACGACUCGAGCUAAAUCGCACCUAUUCGGCUACUGUGGAGGCCAUCAAUGAGCAAAAUAUUGAAACGAUUAGACAACAGCAUUUGCACAUGAAGCAAAUCGAAGCAGAGCAAUCGAACGAGGAGCAAAAGUAUCGUAUGGCAAUUGAGCAACUGGAGGGCAAGAUCGAGGCUCAGCGUAAAGACAUUAAAUGCCUCACCCACAUGAAUCGUGAGCUGCGGGAAUUUGAGAGAAAAUAUAACGAGUCUCUAUCGAUCGUCGGUCGCCUGAAGCAGGCCAUCGAGCGCCUCAGCCAUGACAAUUACAACUUGACAAAGACCAAUCAUCGGAUCGAUGAGGCAUAUCGGGUCAGGCAAAUAACGCUCGCGAAUUUAGAGAUUACGAACAAAGCGAUGAAUAUCGAAAAGGCUGAACUGCUUCAAGUGAUUCGUCGACUGAAAUGCGAAAGAAAAAGCAAAGAUUUUCUCUUUAACCAGCUGAAUCGACGAUUUCAUCUGCUCUCUAAGAAGAACACCAAUUUGAUGUCGCAGAAAAAUUGUCUUAAUAAUAAGGUAACUGGCCUCGAGAAGAACAUGCUGGCAUUGACAACGAAAUUGAACGAAAUAGUCCACAUUAAGGACGAAGCUGUGCGGGUGCAGACGAAACUGCAAGCGGAUCUGAAGCACCAGUCGGAUGUGAUAGCUUCCCUGCGAUACGACCUGGCCGUACAACGUAGUCACUCGCAGGAUGUGCAAAUAAUGCUGGAUCGGGCGAACCGGACACUGGACGAAAAGGAUGUCCGGAUACACAAAAUCAACAAGGAGAAGCACGAUGUUCAGUUGGAGAACAGCGAGCUGAGCCGAUCAAUCGAAAUACUAGAGGCGAAAAUCGUGGUGAAGACGGAGAAAAUAAAGGAACUGAAGCAGAAACUGGAUGCCAAGCAGCAAAGCUAUAUGAAGGCAAAGAAGCAACUGGAAAUAAUCCACACGGAGAAGACGCUGGUGGAGAAUAGCAUGGAGCUGUGUGGACGUGACCGUCAGAAGCUGCAGAGUCUGAAUGGGAAGCUCAGCUUUCAGAUCAAUCAGAUGUGCAAGCAGCUGGCCACUAACGAGAAGGAGAUGAACCUGCAGAGCAAGCGCAUCGAUCACUUGGACAAUCUGCUCAAGCACAAGCAGAACGAAAUCCACAGCCGGGAGCGGCAGGUGGAGCAGAUACGCGCCGAGCUGGCCGAACUGAAGGUGCUCAACCAGCAGCUGCACUGCACCAUCGAUCGGGACACCAUGCGGUUCAAGCAGGUCUCCAUCCGGCUGGAGGAGGUCAACAAGGAGAAGAUGGUGAUCGGCCAGCAGAUUGUCCGGCGCAACUGCGAGCUGCACGCCCUCCAGGAAAAGCUGUCCAUGCUCCAGAUGGCCAUGAGUCGCGGGACCACCCAGUACAACCAGCGGGUCGAGGAUAUCCGCCUGCUCAAGGCCGAAAUCAGCAACCUGCGCAUGUCCAAUGCCUGCAUGCAGCGCUCGAUCACGAAUACGGCCAACAUGCGCCAGGAGGUGGUGCGGAUCGAGCGCCAGCUGGUUCGUGAACGCCUGAACGUGACGGCGUUCACGGAGGAGAUGAAGUACCCGUACCGCAUCCAUCGCUGGCGUGUGCUGGUUGGCCGAGAUCCGAGCAAAUACCAGCUGAUACGCAAGAUCCAGGUGCUGCUCAAGCGCAAUAUCAAGCUGAGCGUAGAGCGCCUGAAUAUGGAGCACAAGGUGCAGGACAUGCAGAAGCUAUGCGAUGCGUUCAAGAGGCAGGUCCAGCACAUGCCCGAUCCCAGCAUCGUGCAGCGGCUCUGGGUGCAAAAGCGGAUCAAUCGCCGGCAGAGCCGCAAGGUCAAUGCCAUGAAAGCGGAGCUAGCCAUCAACGAGAUCGACAGGCAGUCGCGCGACAUACUCUUAAAAGAGUACCAGACGGCCAUCUCUAAGGGUUACUUGGCCUCCAACCAGAUCGUCACCACACUAAUUGGCGUCCUUGACGUUAGCCGGCCAGAGGUACCGGCCGCCACCGUCUUCCAAAUGACGCCCAGAAACAGCAACCUAUCGCUGGACGUGAAAGAGGUACGCUCUGCCUACGUGUUGAAGUGAAAGCAAGGGAAGAGAA